AUGACUACCUCUCCUCCCCCUUCGGCUGCCACCGGCCUCGUAACUUCUCCUUCUGCAAAGUGUACCAAGCGCGGCCCUAAGAUUCCCAAAACUCCUAAGACUCCUGUUAAAGCCGACGGCUCUUCUGCUACCGAUCUCAACGCUCACACUCCUACUACUCCCAAAGUCAAGCGCUCUACCGCUUCUCCCGAGACCUCCGAUUCGGCUUCCACCCCUAGCCCCCGCAAGAAGGCCGAAAAAAUGGACGAGAGCACCAAAAAGGUCAUCCUUGCGCUCAAGAUGCGAGGAAUGUCCACCAAGGAGAUCGCAGCCGCUGUCAACGCCAACUAUAAGCGGGUCUGGAAUGUUAUCGACAAAGCAGCCAAACAGGGAGCCAAGUUCGGCCCCACUGAUGGAGCUGAGCUCGGCCAGCUCAGCGAUACUGAUAAGAAGAAUGCUGCGUUGACCCUCAAGCUCCAUGGCUGGAAGACCAAGGACAUUGCCGACCUGCUUGACACGAAGUACAAGUAUCUCUGGAACUUCUUUGACCAGUAUCAGAAGGCUGCGGGUUUGCCUGGUGUCAUUCAGGAUCCUGGUCUUUAG